AUGUCUAAAGAAUUCGAAACUUCGGGAAUCGAAAGGGUUCCAGAUUUCCAACUUCCUCAGUACGCAUUUGAGUUGACGAAUCCAGAACUAAAAUCUCGCCACCCUGCUGCCAUCAAGUAUAUCACCACACAAAUUGAAAAAGAAGACUUGGCACCAUACUACUACUACCUCCACCAUGAAUACUUCAAGAAAGAUGCCUCUUUUUUGCCUUGGGAUGAAACAAUGUACGAAAAUUUGAAGAGUAAUAAUGACGCCAAAAUCAAGGAAUUGAACAAUAAGAUCACUACCAUUGAAGAAGAGGAUGAAGAUAACGAAUUAGACAAAGUCAUUGCCAUCACCAAAUUGGGGGAAUACUAUGCGAAAAUUGGGGAUCGUUCUAAUGCCAUCAAAACUUUGAGAAAAGCUUUUGAGUUGAGUUCUUCCACCGGAACUAAAAUCGAUAUCUUGUUGACGAUUUCAAGAAUUGGCUUUUUUUUCAACGAUUUACAUUUCACUGAGAAAAUAUUAAGCGAAGCCAGUUUAUUGAUCGAAAAAGGUGGUGAUUGGGAACGUCGUAACCGUUACAAGACCUACUAUGGUAUUCAUUUGAUGUCGAUUAGAAAUUUUGAAGAAGCCGCAAAGUUAUUGGUGGACUCUUUGUCGACUUUCACAUCUACCGAAAUUGCCACAUACGAACAGAUUGCCGUCUUGGCAGUGUUAGCGGGCUUGUUGGUAUUUGAAAGAAAAGAUCACAAGAAGAAGAUUGUUGAUUCUCCAGAAAUUUUAUCGUUGGUAACCACCUCCCACGAAGUUAAGUUAGUCACCAGCUUGAGUGAUGCUUUGUACCAUACUCAAUACCAAAACUUGUUCCCAUUCUUGUCACAAGUGUAUGACGAAGUGUUGAUUUCAUCGCAAUAUUUAUCGAUCCAUGCAAACUACUACAUUAGAGAAUUGAGAAGAAAAGCAUAUGCCCAAUUAUUAGAUUCAUACAAGGCUUUAUCUUUGAAAUCUAUGGCUGAGCAAUUCGGCGUUUCUGUGGAGUUCUUAGAUAAUGAUUUGUGUAAAUUCAUCCCAAACAAGAAAUUGAAUUGUGUUAUUGAUAGAGUCAACGGAAUUGUGGAAACUAAUAGACCAGACAACAAGAAUGCUCAGUACCAAUUAUUAAUCAAACAAGGUGAUUCCCUAUUGACCAAGUUACAGAAAUAUGGUGCUGCUGUGAAGUUGAGUGGUACCAGCACAGUAGCUUAA